AUGGGACUUAGGCCAGAGAUCAAGAAGAAGGUUGGAAUGCAAAAGAUCUGUGACUUUCCUACCCUAGUGAAUAAGAGUAGGAUUUAUGAUGAGGAUAGCCGUGAUGAAAAGGCACAUUACCGAAACACUGGAACCAUGAAGGACAAGAGGAAUAUGCACCAUAAUAGAGGAAAACCUUACUAUUUUCCUCCUACUGGAAAAGGAGCUAGUAGUGGUAACGGAAAAGGAAAUGGAAACAGAUAUAGUUAUGGGGGUGGUAGGGGAAACCCCAAUGGACGAGGAGUUAGUAACGGAAAUAGUAACGACAUGAGUCAAGUCUCGAGCAACAACAAUGGUAAUAAUGGUGAUCCAGCUACUCAUAUCCGAUGUCACAGGUGUGGUAAGCAGGGUCACAUGGCAUAUGAAUGUAGAGAUGCUGGAAUUACUUGUUUUAAUUGUCAACAACAAGGCCAAAUCAGCACCACAUGCCCCUACCCAAGGAACACCUCGCAACCUGGAAACCAGAGUUCCCAAGCCAGCCGACCUAAAUCAAAUGGAAGAGUCUUUGCCCUCAGUGGUGCAGGAGUGUCUGAGAAAGACAACUUGAUCCAAGGUACGUGUCUCAUAAGUGAUACUCCUUUAUUUGUGCUAUUUGAUUGUGGUGCCACUCAUUCCUUUGUGUCCCUUGAUUGUGUUAGACGUUUAGGACUACCUUUGUCUUGUUUGGAAUAUGAUUUGAUUGUGAAUACCCCAACUAGUGAUUUUGUUGACACCACUAAUGUUUGUCUCGACAUUUCUAUCCAUGUGUGUGGAAGGGACUUCCGAGUUGACUUAGUAUGUUUACCUUUACGUCUAAUCGAUGUGAUUCUCGGUAUGGAUUGGCUAUCUGCCAACCGUGUUCGCGUAGAUUUCUUUAGCAAAACCAUUGAAUUCAAGGAGCCAGAAGAGACGGAGAAGCCUAGCAACAUAUCUGCCAACCAAGUGAAGGCACUCGUGAAAGAAGAUGUCCAAUUAUACAUGAUCGUAGCCUCAUUGGAAUUUGAAGAAAAAGUGGUAAUACGAGAUGUUCCUAUUGUGUGUGAGUUUCCUGAAGUAUUCCCUAAAGAUGUCAACAAUUUACAACCAGAGCAUGAGAUUGAGUUUAGCAUUGACCUUGUACCUGGUAUUGGACCCAUAUCCAUGGCACCAUAUAGGAUGUCUCCCUUAGAAUUGUCUGAGCUUAAGAAGCAAUUAGAGGAGCUUUUAGCUAAACAAUUUAUAAGACCUAGUGUUUCACCGUGGGGUGCAUUUGUGUUGUUGGUUAAGAAGAAGGAUGGCUCUAUGAGAUUGUGUGUAGAUUACCGUCGACUUAAUAAAGUGACAAUCAAGAAUAAGUAUCCGCUACCUAGGAUAGAUGACCUUAUGGAUCAAUUGAGAGGAUCUUAUGUGUUUAGUAAGAUCGAUUUGAGAUCAGGUUACCAUAAGAUUCGAGUGAAGUCUUCUGAUAUCCCUAAGACCGCCUUUAGGACCCGUUAUGGCCAUUAUGAGUAUUUGGUUAUCCCCUUUGGUGUGACUAAUACACCAAUAGUGUUUAUGGAUUACAUGAAUAUGAUCUUUCAUCCUUACCUAUACUCAUUUGUGAUUGUGUUUAUAGAUUAUAUCUUAGUGUACUCUAAAACUAAGGAAGAGCAUGAGGAAGUAAGUUUCCUAGGACAUAUAAUUUCAAAAGGUGGUUUAGCUGUUGAUCCUGCCAAGGUGGAGAGUGUCUUAGAAUGGAAAGCACCUAAGUCAGUGGUUGAGAUUAGGAGUUUCCUAGGAUUGGCAGGUUAUUAUCGUAGGUUCAUAGAAGGAUUCUUCAAGUUAGCCUUACCUUUAACUAAGUUGACCCGAAAAGGGGAAUUGUUCAUGUGGGAUAUCGAUUGUGAGAAUAGUUUCCAAGAGCUUAAGAAAUGA